GAGAGCGAGGGAGAACUACUGUAACGGGUCCGGGCAUUGGGAUGCGGUGGCGAGUGUCGUUGACAUUUGUAGGCCGAUUGUACAACGGAUUUUAGAUUGACUUUGGAAUUUUUGAGAACCUGAAUGGAUCAUUUGUAAAGAACCUGAUAUUAGAAUUUUGUUACUUAGGCAAUGUGCAGAAAAAUGUGGCACGUUGACAUACGUGGUAGCUAGCUGUAACUGGCUAGCUCAGUAAACCUAGCUGAUUUUAAGAGUUGCAGAGGGACACGUUGCAGGAAUAUAGCCCUUAAGGAGAAAGACAGUAACGUUUGACUGUUUUUCGAAACGGUGUUCGCCACUGGUUUGAAGACUAUUUGAAACUGGGUGCACCGUGCCACGAUUUCUGUCAUGGUUUGGUGGUUUUAAACUGAUGUGCUUGAGGCUCCAGUGUCAAUCUCUCAUUACUCCGAUGGAUGCCUGUUUUACUUUAAAGUAAUUUACAGUCGGGUAAUCUGCUUGAAAUUCAAGAUAAAGGUCUACAGUUUUCUCUAUUUAGGCUACCUUGCUUACACUGGAAAUAAAUCUACAACUUUGGUAGGCUAACUUACUGGGCGCCAAUCCAUGGGUAACGCGGUGAGGACUCCACAUUGAGUGAGCUGUAUUGCCCAGAUAGUUAAGGAAAUAUUGUUAUUGUUGUGUUUCUGUAUUAUUUAGUAAACGCUUCGGAUAGCUUUGAAAUGCGAAAAGAGAAUUGUCGCUCCGAAUUGUGGACACACUAAUUGCUUAACAAAGAGGAAAAAUACUGGAAAGAAAGUGAAUAAUAAAAAUGAUUUCAGAGGAACGAAGCUCGCAUUUAUCCAAGCAAGCUCUGACAUUUCCAGUGGGCUUACUGAUCAGUUCGCCAAAAAGAAGGCUCGCAAAGCUAGGAAGAAAGCCAAGCAAUGGGUCUCUGGAGUCCAGCUCCUCCACUACCACCACCAGAUCAUCAGAGAGUGUGGGUGUCAGGCAGCCUGCGAAGAACAAAAUCCGUCGUCACAACAACCGCCUUUCCACCGUCUUUAACCGAAGCCCCCUUCUACGUGAGAGCACGCAGGGCCAGGGCCCCAUGUCUGAUGCCGGGGACAUGUCCGCUGCAGAUGACCCCUCUGAGCUGUCCAAUCAAAUAUCUGCCCCAGGGAUCCUAAAGAUUUUUGGCAAUGACAUCUGCCAUGGGGCCAACUACAAGAGUGUUCUUGCCACCACACGCUCUAGCGCCAAGGAGCUAGUCAAAGAGGCUUUGGAGAGGUACUGUCUCGACAAGGCUGAAGCUGGUGCUUAUGUGCUGUGCGAUGUGAUUGGUCGCGUCGGGGAGGACCACCAGUGGACAAUGGAAUGUUUCCGAGUUGUGGGCGACAAUGAGAAGCCUCUCAUUCUGCAGUCACUAUGGAAACCCAAGGAAGGUUUUGCCCGGCGAUUUGAGAUUCAGAAGCGAGCGAGCGUGGAAGAGAAGAGUGCGGAGGAGCAGGACACUGUCACUGCAGGCAUCAACGCCCAGGCACGCAAGCUUCAGAAGGGCCGCUCGCGGGUGACCUCAGUCUUCAUCGAGGGCAGCGCGGAGGCGGACGGCUCCCUGGACCUGUGGAGGAGUCUGAGUGAAAUGGACCUUUCUGUCAAGGCCAAGGAAGGCCACCGGGGCCACAAGGCCCUACCACAGGAGGACCAGGAGGCUGAGGCUGACAAAGAGACCCACUGUCUGGGCCAUGAAAAAGAGGAGACGGAGAGCAGCGAUGACAACGCCACACAGUACUCCAUUCACCCGCCCUUCGACUUCCCCUACUUCCUGCUGCUGCAGGGCUUCAGUUACAGACAGGACUUCGUCAUCUACCUGAUGAGUGGGAUGACCACCAUCUUUGGACGGUGCAGCGAGCACUCCACCGGGGAGGACGUGGAGAGGCUGAAGGUGGACAUACUGCUCUCCGCACCGGACGUCCUGCCCCAGCACUGCCGCGUACGUCGCCUGGAGGCCCCAGCUCAGGGAGACGGGAAGCGGACCGUCACCCUGCUGAAGCCCCUCCACGGAGCCCCCGUCACGUGCAACGGCACCCCUCUGAAGGAGGAGGCCGAGCUCCGCCCGGGGGAUCUCAUCGGGCUGGGCGACCACUACCUCUUCAUGUUCAAAGACCCCACUGCACCUGUCGCCUGCCAAAUGCCACCCUGGCUGACCUGGUCGUCCCCACACCCAGCAGAGCCCGUCUGUAAAGCGUGUGGGUCCUCCUCCCCGGAGGCCCGGGUCCGGUCCCGGGCACGACGGAUCUCCGCCCCCUGCCUGAAGGACUCCGAAGGCCGGGAUCUUGUCCUUCUGUACAGGCUUGAACACGAGGACCGCAUCCUCUUGGAGAUUAUCACCAUGGCUGAUCCCCAUGGUGAUGACCACAAACUGACCCCAGCGCUCCUGAUGUGUUUGUGCAUCCAGCACUCUGCCACAUCUUUCCAGAUGUCAGACUUCCGUCGACUCCUGCUUCGGGUUGCCAGCCAGGUACAAAUGACCAUGUGGGAAAAGACCAAGGAACUUGCUGCAAUCCAGCCGGAAAUGAUGUCCAGUGGAGACCAGCAGGACCCAGAGGAACUGCAGCUGCUGAGCAUAGAGGAGCUUGUCCCGGGUCUGCGGCCGCUCCUGCUGUGGAUGGCCAAUGCCAUCGAGUUGCUUCACUUCAUUCAGCAGGAGGUGCCCCAGCUACUGCGCUGGAGUCCUGAGGAAGAGGACGGUCUGGAUUCACAUAUGUCCUCCAUGCAGUCAGCCAGCGAGGAGGCAAUGACAGUCUUGGAGGAGGUGAUCAUGUUCACCUUCCAGCAGUCUGUCUACUACCUCACCAAAACCCUGUACACGGCAUUGCCUGGCCUGUUGGACAGUAAUCCCUUCUCAGAGAAUGGCCAACUUCUGGUGCCAGAGGGUGUCAGGAGCAUCCUAGACAUCCUGAAGGAGACCCUUCGGCUGCUCACCUCCUUCCAGGUGCACACGGAGAUCGCCUCCCAGCUCUUCGCCUAUCUCUUCUUCUUCACCAACGCCUCGCUCUUCAACGCUCUCAUGGAGAGAGGUUCUGGAGGAGGGUUUUACCAGUGGUCCCGAGGCGUUCAGAUCCGAGCUAAUCUGGACCUUCUCAUGGACUGGACACAGAGUGUGGAACUGGGCAAUCUGGCGUCAGACUUCUUCCAGAAGCUUUCUUCAGCUGUCAACCUGCUGGCCACACCCAAGGAAAACCUGCUGCAGGCCUCCUGGCGCUCUCUGCGGGCAGAGUUUGGGCAUCUGAACCCUGCUCAGCUGCACCACAUGCUGCGGGAGUACAACCCCGGACGGGCCUGUCCUGCCAGCUGGAGCCCCAGUCCGGAGGAGGCCGACGCAGCCUUGAGCACCGCUGAUAUCCUGGAACGUUUCGACAACCAUCCUCCCCUCAUCCUGCCCAGCAAAAACUUCCAUCUCGAGCUGGGGAGGCCCGUUAAGGAUGCAAGUCUGUGUGCCCAGCUGGGCCGACUCCAGGAAUUCCUCCUGGGUCUGGGAGAGGCUGUUGCCAGCCCUGUGAUUCAGAAACGUCACUCAGGGCCGGGGAAGGAAACCGCGUCAGAGGCCUUUCCUCCCUUUGUUGGCGGGCAGGGGUCAGCGGCCGCCGUGGAACCCAGGGUCACGGACGUGUCAACUCCCCCGGGAGAGGAAGAAGAGUCGGCGUCGCACGGGGCGACUGCAGUCCCGCCCUCUCAUGUUAGAACGUCACGCAGCACCAGUAGCAGUGACCUCAGCACCUGCAAGGCGGUUCUGACCCAAAAGCUGAAGAACCUGGAGCUUCAGAGCUCCCUGGCAGGAGAUCCAGACCUCAGCUGCCACAAACGGCUGGCCCUGGACCCUUCCUGCCUGCUGACUCCGCCCAACACACCCCAAGGCCAGGAGCUGGCUGAGCUGGAAGUUGACACUGUCCGGCACGCCCUGAGUGUCAGCCAGGACUCCGCGGGAUGUGAGGGGAAAGGUCAGAGUUUGUCAGCAGAAUCCACCAAGGAGAAGAAUGGGAGUGAAGAAGAGGAAGAGGAAGAAGUAUUUACUGUGGAGUUGCAGAGGGGACCCCAUGGACUUGGCAUGGCCCUGGUGGAUGGCAUGAAAACACCACUGAAGAUGACUGGGAUUUACAUAAAGUCAGUGGUGCCGGACUCGCCUGCUGCCUUGUGCCAGAAGCUGAGCCUUGGUGACCGCAUCCUGGCUGUGAACGGGCUCAGCCUGGUGGGGAUGGACUACCACACUGGCAGGGAGCUCAUCCAGACGUCAGGGGACAGUCUCCGGUUGUUGGUGGCUAAAUCUGAAUUGACUGGCAGGAGCUCAUUUACUAAAUGUUGAGUGAACAGCAGUCGGGACUGCAGCUGCCUGUACAUCAGCAGGGACAGGAAGGGCAGUGCGUGGCACUACAUGAACUUGGUAUAUAUGACACUUGGUGAUUUGCCAAGACUGUUGCCACUCUGCAUAGCUUCUCUAUGUCCUGAAACUACAGGAGGUGCCCGUAUGAUUUUAACAUUUUUGGACCUUCAAGGUUGAAAAAGUACAAGGUGAACACUUGUUGUGCAGCUGCAGAUGUCGGUCCUCCUCAGAGCCUUACCUCUGAGGUACAGUUCUAAAGGGCAUUGAGCUCUUGUGUGUUCUCUCUGAUGAUCUUCCUUCUGCAUCAACAUUUUGGAGUUUUCAAAACACCUUUUGAUCUGCCAGUGGCUGCCAAGAAGUUGUGUGCUAAUUUCAUGUAUUAGGAUUAUUACUGGUAACUAUAAGACUUUAGUAAUUCAGGAUUCAACCAUAUAACAACUUCAUGACUGUACAGCAAUGCCUCCAACACUUACCUGGAGCAGACUCUGAAUCCCUACAGUCGGGAAAAACUGUACCCAAAAGCCUUGCAAUCCAUGUUUGCCCAGGCAUCAAGAAAUGGCUUAUGAAAUGCCCCUGCAUCUUCAAUUUCAUGCUGCUAUUUUUGCCACGCCGGUUGCAGAUGCCUUGCAAAUUUUCUACGUGUCUGGACUGCACACCCUACAUUUCUAAAACGUUGUUCUACAUAUACAACAUGCAAGUAUACAAAUUCAACAAGCAUUAUCUUUACUGUGUAAACAAUAUCAAAUCUCUUGUCUAUCCUUAUUUAAUAGGGAGGGUGUAUUAAGAAUGAAUAUUGUAUUUUAUUGGAUCAGAAUAUUGUGAAAUUAUCAUUGAGGGUUGAGUAAGACCUUUGCAAUAUCUUUCAUGCUUAUACUUUGACAUGAGGAGUCAUAUGUCAUAUGAAAACAGUAUACUAGAUUCAUGCCAUAUACACUUACCAAGCACUUUAUUAGGAACAUUUUUACUUUAUUACACCAACUUAUUCAUACAUUAAUGAGAGACGUCAGAGGAGAAUGGCCAGACUGGUCAAAGCUGACAGGAAGGUGACAGUAAUGCAAAUAACCACACAUUACAACAGUGGUAUGCAGAAGAACAUCUCUGAACACACAACGCAUCAUAACUGUACAGCAGUAGAAGUAAAAAAAAAUAAGUAUAGUAAAUACCUAAUAAAGUGCUCGGUGAGUGUAUGUACCCAAGCAAAAACAAUGCUCACGACCUUACUGACCGAUUUAAUCAAACCCAAAUCCAGGUUUUAUGUAUAGAAACAUGGCACUCCCUGUUGUUACCAGUAAAACAGUGUUACAUAAUCAAUUUUAAUGAAGAAAAAUGUGAUUUUUGUCACAGUUAUAUUUGUAUGUGUAUCAAAAGUAUGUAUGCAUGUUAUAAAAGUAUUUCCUUUUUAAAGUUACAAAAGAACUCGGUAACCUUAAUACAUUUGCAUUAAAAUUUAUGUUUUCAUA